AUGCGUUUCCUUACCCCGUCCGUAGCAAAGGUCUCCACCCAAUCCCAUUCCGCAAACCAAACCAACAAAGGUAGCCUCCCCCGCCACACUCGUCGUGCCCUUCCUCGGAUCGCAGAGGACACGAUUGCCUCUGCCACUUCUAAGCCUGGCGUCCUCGCUACUGUGGUUGCAAGGCGCCGUAUUCGUGCUAAUGAAACCCCCGCGAACGCGAUUGGAAGAUCUCCUUCUGAGAGUGUCCUAAACGCUCCCAAAAAGCCGAAUAACACCAAAAUUGGGUCAGCCUCGGAUUCCUUGGGGAAAACAAACUUUUGCGACUGGUACAAGUCAUUGACACUUGACAAACGUAGAGCGCUCAUCAUGUCGAUGAUGGCGGUGUGCAAGGAAAGAGGUGACGCUCGCAAAGUCAGUGAUCAUGAGAGCGGGAGUGGAGCUAGUCGCAAUCCCAACAAAGCGGAUCUUACCACAAGCACAUUCCAGUGGCGCGUCGAACAGAGCGAGGAGUGUCUGGUGUUGCAAUUCAGGGAAUGGUACAGUUCACUAGGUGAACACGAGCAAAAUACGGCAUUGGCGUAUUCUACUCUUUCGGAUGGGGAGCAACUUGAUGUCCUUACUACGGAGGACGAAGAGAACGAAACCCAGGAAAUUUCAGCGACCAAGGGGAAGACUGUCGACAUUAAAGCAUUCGGAAAGCGCCUUACUCGUGGGGCAACUUCUCAGCUGCUCAGCUGGGCCGAGUCAUACAUCGAAGAGGGUCAGGUUGUGGUGCCAAAUUUGCCCGAAGCGAUUGAACUACAAGAAGAGAUAGCCCCAGAUCCGGAUUAUCCUGUGGUCGAUUAUCCACUCCCAACGCCACCAACUUCGGGAUAUCGAGCAAAACUCACUAGGAAUGGGACUGUGGUAUUGGAUAACUGGGGAGAGGUCGUUUUUGAGAAGAUUCCACAGAAGUAUCGUAGUACAGAUCAUAGGGGAAGAAAGGGCAAGGCCCGGGCAAUUUGA